AUGGAGAUAAAGGACUCGGGCAGCGUGGUUCUGACAGCCUACCAUUCUUACACUCCAUCUAGGAUACCAAUAAUCGAACAGAGCUUUGUGCCAGAGAUCUCCUCCAGCCAUUCUCCAAUCAGCAGAAAAUCCCUCCCUCAGUGCCGAAGAAUUAACAGGAUGCUUUCCAAUGAGUCCUUACGUCAUCCCAUGUUCAGCCGUUCCAAUUCCCAGGCCUCCGUGGAUAGCACCUCGAUGGAGGAUUUCUGGUGUGAAGUGGAAAGUAUCAAAGAAAACAGUGAACAAGGACAAGAAGAACAAACACUAUUAGAAGUUAAACCAGCUGAUGAGGGGGAACUUGAAGCUGAAUGGCUGCAAGAUGUGGGCCUAUCUACGUUGAUUUCGGGGGCUGAAGAAGAGGAUGGGCAAGCCCUGCUGUCCACACUGACCCGCACGCAAGCCGCCGCAGUACAAAGAAGGUACAACACCUACACUCAGACUAUGAGGAAGAAGAACAAACACACUGUCAGGGAUGUGCGAGACAUCUUUGGAGUUAAUGACUCUUCUCCCACGUUUGAGACAGUACCAGUGUCACCAGUUCCUUCUAAUGGUAUCCAGCUUCCGGGGCAGAAGCCAGUUUGGAAAUCAGUGAGUUCUAAUAGCUGUCUAGACUGUGGACUAGAUAAAGACAGCCCAUCAGUAACAGAAGAGCUAUCCUAUGAGGUUUCUUUCUCAGAAUCCAUCACAGUGGUCCCAAAAAACAGAGAACGGCAGAACAACCAGAGAUUCAAAAAGGAUGAUUCUGCUUUGCCUAAAUUUAUUGUUCGAAAAAGCCAAUUUGGCCUGACAGAGGUUGGAGACCUAUCUCUUGAAGACAUGAAGAAAAUUCGCAAUCUCUCUUUGAUUGAACUAGCAGCCUUCUAUGAUGCUUUGGGAAUAGAACUCAAGAGGAACCAAACAGAAAGAAUCAAAGGACGAGAAAAUGGCCUUUUUGGAGUCCCUCUCGCAACACUGCUGGAAAACGAUCAAAAGAAGGUUCCUGGAAUAAAAGUUCCUCUCAUCUUUCAAAAACUGUUGCUCAAGCUUGAGGAAACGGGUUUAGAAACGGAAGGAAUUCUUCGAGUUCCUGGAUCUGCCUCAAGAGUUAAGAAUCUCCGUCAAGAAAUUGAAAUAAAAUUUAAUGAAGACACAUUUGACUGGAACCAAGUACGAAACAAUGAUGCAGCAGGACUGCUGAAGAUGUUUAUAAGGGAACUCCCAAGCCCCCUUUUCACUGUAGAAUAUCUGCCUGCCUUCAUCACACUAGUGGAAAAAGUCUCCAAGGUCAAGUUACAGUUACAAGCUUUGCAUCUGUUGAUCAUGUUGUUGCCUGAUGUCAACAGGGAUACAGCCAAGGCCUUUCUGCAGUUCCUGAAGAAGAUAGUUGCUAAUGAAGGGAAAAACAAAAUGAACUUAUGGAAUGUUUCCAUGAUUGUUGCACCAAACGUCUUCAUCUACAAAGGCAAACAUGCAAACCAAAAAGAGAUGCAAGCAGCAGCCACUACGGCACACAUAGUGAGACUUUUAAUUAAGUACCAGGACAUCCUGUGGACAGUCCCGUCCUUCCUGAUUUCUCAAGUGAGAAAGAUGAAUGAGGCUACAAUGAACAACACCAAGAGACAGAUGAUGUUUGACAAGGGUGUGAGAAGAUUGCUGAGGAGAAAGACCAUGGAACGAGAGAGACCUGAAAGAUCAGAGACUCACAUACCCGAGGGGGUGAUAAGAGUUUAUGCUCCACUGCAUUCAAAAGUUUCUAUGGCAAUUCAACUGAACAGUCAAACAAAAGCCAGAGACAUCCUGGCUCGAUUUCACUGUGAAAACAGCCAUGCAUCGUCAAAGAACACGGAAGUCCAGAUCCAACGUUUAUAUGAAAUUGGAGGAAACAUAGGACUGCAUUGUUUGGACCCAGAUGCAUACAUGUUAGAUGUUUACCAUGCAAAUCCUCAAGCAGAAUGGGUGAUAAAACCAAAAUCAAGUUGA